AUGGCGACGUCGGUGUAUAUACCAUUUGCAAGCGGCGACGUCGGCGGGCAUACCACAGUAAGUGGCAAUGUUGGCAGACACACCAUCGCAAACGGUGAUGUCGGCGGCACACCAUCGCAAGUAGCACCGUCGGCGGACACAUCAUCACAAGCGGCGACGUUGGGCUCACCACAAAAAAACAAAUGCCUUAGGAACGAGAGUGACUGCCAUGUCGAAGCCAGCUGUGAUCCUAUUCAUGGUAGCAACUACAGCUGCACGUGUAAUGAAUACUAUUUUGGUAACGGCUUCGACUGCAAAGAUCCCUGUGAGCUGAACACUUGCUUCCCUGGAAUUGAAUGCAAUGUUACCUUCAACGAGACUUUGUUCAUUUGUGGUCCUUGCCCUUUCGGGUACAGUGGGAAUGGUAGCUAUUGCAUAAAAUUAGAGUGUCCGAGAGGCUUUGCAGGUGAUGGUGUGACCUGCGGCCCCGACAGCGACCUGGACGGCUUCCCGAACAUAGACCUGCCUUGCGUCGAUCCUCAUUGUCGUCGGGACAACUGCCCUUUGGUACCUAACGCGGACCAAGGAAACGCCGACGGCGACGGCUUGGGUGACGUUUGCGACGAUGACGCAGACGAUGACGGACUGGCCGAUAGUGCGGAAAAUUGCCCGCUAGUGUACAAUCCCAGCCAAAGUGACAUCGACGCCGACGGCUUCGGCGACGACUGUGACAACUGCCCCAACGACGCUAACCAGGCCCAGUCCGAUGCUGAUGAUGACGGGAUCGGCGACAUCUGUGAUGCCGACGCGGAUAGCGAUGGCGUGACGAACGACGUCGACAACUGCGUCGCUGUGGCCAACAGCGACCAACUGGACCUCGACGGCGAUGGCGUGGGCGACGUGUGCGACAACUGCCCCCAAGAUGCCAACAGUGACCAGGUCGACAGCAACGCAAACCUUUUCGGAGACGCCUGCGAUGAUGGCGUUGACUCAGAUGCAGACUCCAUCUUAGACACGAUGGACAACUGCCCCGCCAACCCCAACAGCGACCAGGGCGACGUUGACGCCGACGGAGUCGGCGACGUGUGCGAUGACGACGCCGACAACGACGGAAUCCUCAACGUUAACGACAACUGCCCGCUCGUCGCCAACGCCUAUCAGGGGGACGUCAACGAAGACGGCGUGGGGGACGCGUGUUCGCAGGAUUAUGACGGGGACGGACUGGUGGACACUACAGACACGUGUCCGAAGACUAGCGCUCUUUGGCAUGAGAGCUUAGGGUGGGUCAGAAUCACUUUGGUUGUAACACCGCAUUCCCUCUUAAACAAUGCAUAUUUCCGCUUAUCUUUCUUAUCACUAGAACUACUGGCAUAUGUAGCAUUCUGAGUCUAACAUUCUCACACCUUCGAAGGCACAGUACCGGCUUGACACUGUAUUCUUUCUCUCAGGACAUUACAAGUAGUUCAGCUGUAUUAUUUCUACACUCCAGACUGGACAUUCUCCAAGGACGGUUUGCAAAGCUAUGAGAGCAAGGUCUCCGACCCGACGAUGGCUCUUGGAAACGUCAGUGUUAGCAGCGUCGAUCUGGAGGUAACAAUAUUUCCGGAUAUUGAUGUCGGUGACGAUUUUAUCGGAUUAACUUUUAGUUUCCGCGACCACUCCUCCUUCUACGUGAUAAUGUGGAGGCAGGACACGGAAACCAAGUAUUCCGCCACUUCAAAAAGAGGGAUCUUCCUGAAGUGGGUGGACAGCGUUCAAGGCCCCGGAAGUACCCUGAGGACAGAUUUGUGGUCUGACGACUCUA